GCAAGAUAUCCUCUCGGUGCUCGAAAAGAAGUCCACUACAGAUUUGCUUGCACAAUCCACUUAGCGCCUUAAGUCCUCGACUGCAGUUGCAAUGCCCGCUAAGUCCGUUUCAACACUUCAGAAGCAGCCUUUUCGUGGCGGAAAGUCUCCACCAUUUACCAGAACUCACACCACCCUUCACCCACCUUCCAAGCCCACGUUAGGAGCCGUAGCUAAGCCUGCACACAAGUAAUGUUUCUGACCUUCAAAUGCCAGUAGGCGCCAGGCUCCACCAUUUUUGGGAGGAGUGGAAGAACAGGGGUGCAGAUUUUAGUGUAUGGGCGGUGGUUUUAAUUUUUAGUGUAGGUGACGGCGUUGUCUGGUAUUGUUUUUUGGUACUGUGCCCAGGGCAAGGGCACCUGUCUUUUAACUUUGCAGGCUGUUGGAACUGUCCUUCUCCGCAAAGCCCCACUUGAAGUAGAGGCACCCCAUGGCUCUUACGCCACACCACUGCAGAUUAGGAGGAGCACCAUCCAGAGGCAGUAAUCACCUGCAGUAUCUUCCUAACCAGGUACUACACUUGAUUUUGGGUCAUCAUGGCAUCAGUUGUUCAGGCUAAUGUCGUGUAGUGAAAUCUUUGGCUUUGUUAUAAGCGAAGCACUAUGUCGCUCUAAACAGAGAGCCAAAUUCGAUCCAGCCAUGUUUUCACGAAUAUCUGGUGCUCUUCAGGCUGCAGCUGAUGUUGUUGCUCCUCCUUGUCCACGUGUGGAAGACUUGAGAUACCACUGGACACAACUAACAAUUGUGUGUCAAAGAUGUCGAGAGCUCGAAGGACAAGCACCUGCGGUGGAGGAAACACAUGUCCCGCGACACUUGACACAAAUGUUGAAGUUGCUAGUAGCAGAAGAACAAGAGCAAAAGUUAGGUGGCCCUCUCAGUCCAUGCAUGGAGUAUUUGAUUCAAGAAAAGGUGCUUGCAACAUUGGCCUCAUAUGCCAGAGCUGAUCGUCCCUUAGGAAUACGCCAACAUGCCUAUGUUUUCUUGGUAGGGGUGUUGAAUCAUCUUCACCAUUCACACCUUCAUCAUGCCCCUAUUCAUAAGCCAUUGCAGACAAUGGUUAGAGCAGUUUGUGAAAUGCGGGCAUCACCAUAUGAAGCAGAAGAAAUGGAGUUUUUGUCUACUCUUUGUGAGAAAAUACGUCAGGACUGCACAAUAAUUCUUUUGUACAUCCAGCCCCUUGCGCUAACAGGAAGAGUCCACACGGGAUAUACUCCAGAAGAUAGUUUUCCCCAAACGCCAACUCACACCAGUAGUUCUGAAAUGUCUAGUAGUGGACAGCAACCCUCAGAUAAAUUACAAGCAAAAUUUCCUUUAGUCGAUGCCUUACUCAAUUUGUGCCAUAGCGCUGACAGCAAAAUAGCCAACAGUGCACACGAAUGUCUUAUUGGAAUUGCCAGUGUCAGGGAAAGUCAGAGUAGUAGCACAAUAUCAAGGCAUACAUUGCUUCCUCAUUACUUGGCCACACGACUUGUGACGUCAGCAGAAGAAAUUCCUGUUGAUUCAGAGCCAGCUCUUAUAGAAGAUAUACCAAUGUCAGACAAAGCAAGAGAGGCUAGUGAAAACAGUGACAGUGAUGAGGAAGAAGAAUUGGGAGAAUUUCCUGGCAGGGCUGAAGUAGUCACCUUCUUGCAUUGGCUCAUUUACUGUGAUAAGGUGGUAAGCGCUAGCGAUGGUGUGUUAGGUUCAACUAUUUGUAGUACUGUAAGAGAAGUAUUUUUGGAGGGCAUUCUUCGUCAUUCUCUUACAAGUACUAAUGAAGAUAUGGUAUCACUAUACAUUGCUCUAACAACCAAAAUAGUAUUGGCAGUGUCUUCUCCACUUCUUGUAAAUAAUAUAAUUUCUUGGCUAACAGAAGACCAUGAAGCAGAAUUAGUCGGGAAUGAUGGUUGUAUGAGACAACAUAUCAUGGCCUAUUGUUGUAAACCUCCUCAUCAUCUUCAAAUUCAAGCUUUGAGGCUUUUACAGAUAAUGAUUGAGAAACCUGGAAGUUUAGCUGCUCAGUCAUUGGCACUGAACUAUGUAAUGAGUAGAGGUUACCAUGAUUCCUCUGCAGCAGAGUACCAACAGAGCUCUUGGUCAGAUGAAGAGGAUGAAAGGUAUAAACACAGAGAAGAGGAUACCUCAGGUUCUCCACCUGUAAGCAGGACUUUAGCUCCAGCAAACAUUAACAAAAUUGUAAAACGAUUCUUGAUGGUGGUACCUGAAGAACUGAGAUCAACCAAAAAGGAUGACUUUGAGAGUUAUAUGGCAGAUGCCCAACGACAGUACAGAGAUACAUGCCGAUCUUGUGCAUCAUUUGGUUGGCCAAGAGAAGCUGUUACUCCUGAGUGUCCAUCUGACACAUCUUCUACAGCCUCUAGAGAAUCUCGUCCAGAGUCAGAUGGAAACACAUAUUAUGAGGGUCCUCUCCUAAGUAUGUUGAUGAACUUCUUAGAACAUUUGGAUGAGCAGGAUUAUGACAUCAAUCUUCAAGUAACUUCCUUGGUAGCCACUUUGGCAUUGCUCCCUCAUCCUCAUUUGCAUGAGUAUUUGCUGAACCCGACUCUUCCUUUGACGGGAGGUGUUCGAACCCCUUACACUGUACUUUCAUCAGUGGUAUCAAAAAUCCAGACGCCAAUUAUGGAAAGAGAGGAUUACCUUGAUCACCUAAAAGUUACCAGAUAUCACCUUUUAGGCACCAUGGAGGAAUUGGAAUUUGAGAGAGACAGUGAUGACCGUAAAUUUGAGGCCCUGAUUGUUAUUGAAGAAUUCACCAAAGAAUUAGCAUCUAUUGCGUAUGCUAAGUAUAGUAUAGAAGGCUCAUCAUGAUAAAGUAUUAAUUUGUAAACAAUACAUUAGCUUGGUACUGGAGAUAUGGUUGUGUAAGGCAAAUUGUACAAAAUCCAUAGGCAUAUUGGGCAUAUCUCUUAUUCCUGCCAGUUUUUAGAAAACUGCAACUAUUCCAAUUGUGUUAAUGAGUAUUUUGAAGAUAUUUCAAAAAUACUUUUUCUUUUUUUUAUCUUUCUAGCCAUGCUUUUUGUUUACUGUUUGCCUUACUUGAAGCACAGGUGCAACAUUUGUACAUUAGUUUAUCUACCACUCUUAAAACUUUCCAUAGAAUUACAUUUAGAGAUUUCGUUCUGGAUCUUUAUUAGCACAAUACAAAUAAUAUAUUAUUGCUAAUGUAUAUAUUAUGUAUAUUAUGGGGUGUAUAUUUCCAUGAAAUAGAUGAAGUUUGCUAUUUUGAAUUAUAUUGUUGAAUUAAUUGAUCUUACUAUUAAUGUAUAAUUCAUAUUUUGUUAUUUCAGUUUUUAAAAAUUUAUUUAACUGUAUAGUUUUAUAAACUAAGGCAGUUAGGUGCUCAUAUGCAAACCACUUCCUUACAUAGCCUCGCACUGUUAAAUAUGGGCGAUUAUUAGAAAACAUCUUUUUUCAAGAACAGUAAGUCACACCUUGGAAUUUGUGAGGCUGCUCUGAAAGGUUGUUCUUAAAUGAAAACGGAAGAUCGGAGGAAGGUAAAGUAGAAAAAUAACAUGAUGAGGGAAGUGCAGUUAGGUAAGUGCCAAAUCAUCUUUGCAAAGAACCUUAUGAAGUAUAAAUGGUUCCCAUCCUAAAGGGUCAUAUUAGCUGGUGGUAUGUAAGGUUCUGGUUUGUUACAAAACAGAAUUUGUUUUGAAAGUUAUUGGUUGGUUUCACCCAUUGAUUUGUCUUUCAAGUUAUUAUUUUGUGCUUAUCAUUGUCAUCAAUUCCUUUUCUGUGUUUUUCUUUUUGCUUUGAAAUUUGGACAAUUGAGAAUGUCUUUCCCUAUUGUUACAUCAUGCUUCUAUAUUAUAUUUAUAUGUAUAGGAUAAAUGUUUGUACUAUUUACAGUUUUGCUUGAUUUUAUAUAUUUUAGAGAAACAGAAUAGGUUUUUGAUUUAAAGACUGUCAUGCAUAUCAUCAAUGCUUAAUCCUUAGUGGUGAUUACAGUAGCCAUAAUUCGAAGUAUUCAUAAAAAGUACAAACUCUUGGUUUACUGGAGCCUUUCACUUUGGUAUACAGGGAUGACUGACUGACUAAAUUUACAAUUCAUUGUCAAAAAUAUUUAUGCUUUCAUAUUUUCCUCUUUAGGACCUAAAUAUGUAUUGAGGUCUUUUCACUGUCUUGUUAUAUUGUGCACUUUCUCAAUUCCCUUCUGGUACACAUCUUGGUUCAUGCUCUUUCUCAUUAAUAUUAGUAUUGGUUUCUCUGCCUUCUUCCAUAUCUAUUUAUUCAUCUAAUUGAAUAUAUUUUCCUUUGUUAUCACAUGCAUAAAACACCUUAAUCUGUGAGAUCUCUUUAUUUUUCAGAUGUAGGUCACCACCUUUGGCAGAAUCUUCAUAUAUUUAUUUAUUAUAAUCUUCCACAUGAAUUCUAGUGAAUCUCAACAUUUGUAGCAACGCCUCUUCAAACUUGUCAUUUUUUUCUUUUUAUUUGUAAAUACCAACAUCCCUGCUUUUAACUUAAGUAUAGGUCUUAUUCCUACAUUACAGACUCUUCCAUUUGCCAAUGGGAUACUCUUACAUGUCCAGAAAUAUCUCAGUUAUUCAGUCUGAAGCUCUAUUUUUAUUUCUUAGUGUCCUAUUAAUAUCAGCUUCACAAUCAAGUUUGUUCCCAAGGUAAAUUAUUUUUUUUUUUAUGUCAAGGCCUGCCUUCUAUUACCCUCAACUUAGUCUUGCUUUCCCUGUUUUUGUGAGCUCUUUUUAUCCAUUUUGGGCUAACAAAUUCCUACUUUGCUCAUAUUUUGGAAUCUUGGGCAUCCGUAGUACCAUUAGGGAAAUUUGGUGUUGUAUUGUGUCACAUCAUCUGCUUUCUUGAUGACUUUUUCCUUAUUAUGUUUCUUACUUCUGAUCACCAUAAGUUUGGAUUAACUUGGAUUGAUUUUCAGUCAUUUAUUCCUUUCCACUACCCAUUUUUUGAGUAUUUUUUUAGAUCUACUGAUUAUGCUGCAAAAAGAUAUCUCUCAUUAUAUGGUAGUCUUCCUUUACCCUUCUUGAUGUCCAUCUACUGCUUGCCAUGGUGUUACUAUUCAUUUUUUAAAUGCUUUUUUAAGCUAUAGAAUUAUAUAAUACAUAUAUACUUUUUAAUUUUGCAUGGUACUACCACUGUAAUUGUUCCUAUGCAAUAUUAAGACUUUGCUAAUUUCCUUGGUGUAAAGCCAAACUGACAAUUUGUAAAUACCAUUAGAUAUUCUCAGCCAUUCCUCAAGCACUUUUUUGCAGCUUGCUUUGCUCAUUUGUAAUUUUCACACUGUAUUGCAUCCCAUUUUCUUCUUAAUUCAUAACAAAGAAUAUCUUGUUCUGUAAGAGAUGAGUGAUACUCAGAGAGCGAGGUGUAAUCUUCAAUUUAUUAAUGCCCUAAUUCAGUAUGAGACUUUUGCUUAUUUUGGUACUCUCUUUCCAUCUAUUUGUGUUACUCUGGAAUUCCCUCAUGGCCAUCUUACUGACCAUAUGUCAUUAGUGCUUGAGCACUUGUGCCUUAUAGUGUUCUAAAGAUUAUCCAUUUUUGCCUGGAACGUAUGAGUAGGCCUAAUUUGAUUGGUACUCACUGAAAGGUUGGCCGUUAUUAUGUAAUACUUUACUCUUGUCUGAAUCAGGAUAAUUGUGAAUUAAUCUCUAAUUUACAUCAGUUGGCAGUCCAUCCUGUUUGAUAAUUACAUAUGUAUAACUUCUUACUUAUGUAGUGGAAAUGGCCAGCCCUGGGUGAAUCAAGGGUAAAUUUUGAUAGGAUACAAAUUUGUUUUUAUAGUCUGAUUCCCAGGUUUAAUUUGUGCAAAUCUAACAUCAGUGGACAAAUUUCAAAAGGAAUCAUUUGUUUGAAAAUUGAUUGAAAGAUAUUACAAAAGUACAAGGCAAAGGGAAGUUCAUGGCUCUCUCUCUCUCUCUCUCUCUCUCUCUCUCUCUUCUUCUCUCCUCUGCUCU